AUUUCAAAAGAAGAACUGAAGGCUCUACGUUCGCUUCAACAAGACAAAACUAUUAUAAUCACAAAAGCCGACAAAGGCAAUACAACAGUGGUCAUGAAUAAAACAGAUUAUAUUGAUAAAGCUCUUGAACAUCUCUCUACAGGACAUAAUAAAAAGAUCGAUCGAAAAACUCCUCAAACGAUUAAAAAUAAAGUCAAAUCAGAGACAAGUCUACUUUUAAAAGACCUAAAACCAGUCACUGGUGUCUUGCUAUGGUUUGAUCUAUAUUCCAAAUCAUGCAAUACUGCACGUUUUUAUGGUUUACCCAAAAUCCAUAAACCAGACAUCCCUCUAAGACCUAUAGUAAACUUCACGAACACACCAGGAUGUGCAUUAUCGAAGUAUCUAAGCAGCAUAUUAAUGCCACUACAAAUUAACUUACAUAACAUGAUUACAGAUUCCUGACUUUAAAUCAAAAAUGUCGGAAUUAGUUAUCAGAAAGAAUGAAGUCAUGUUAAGCUUUGAUUUUAUUUCAUUAUACACUAGUAUUCUUAAUGAUAAAUGCUUAGAAUUCAUUAG